AUGCAUUUACAAGUUUUGGAUCGUAAUGAAAACAGUUUUUCUCUGGAUAAAACGUUAAUAUUUAUAAAAUAUAUUUUAAUUAAUAAUUAUAAACUUGAUUUUUUUUUAAACGAUACCUAUAAGUUAGACUAUAAGUUUGUACCAAAGGAAUUACAUGGAGUUAUUAAUUUCAAACAAAUAAUCAUUGAUGAUGAUCAUGCGAUAAUCAAUAAUUCAAUUUUUACAUUAAAAAAAAAUAUGGUUGUAUUAUUAAAAUUGAAGAUUGAUGUUAGUAAAAAAAUUGUUCAGCUCUUUCCAGUAGAGAUUAAAUACAAUCAUAACAAAAAAAAUGAACAUACUUUAAUUGGGGAGUUAAUGAUGGAAAAUAAAAUUAAAAUUACUGAUCCUCUUUCGAUUAUUGGAGAAAAUUCGGAAUAUUUUAAUACAAAUGAAACCUUUGAAAAUGUAAGCACACCUACUUUAUACCCUUUAAUGAAUUUCAUAAUUUUUAUUUGGGGAUUCGACAAUCAAUUUUGGGGGGAAAACAAAAUAUGUGACUUAGGAAUAUCAAAAUGGUAUAAAAAGCUUAUUAGUUUCAAAUCAAAAGUUACAAUACAUGGAAUAUUAUUAAACAUUCCGGAUUCAUUUAUACUCGAAUAUUUUGAAUCAGACAGUUUCGACAUGAAUCAAGAAUCCUUUUCAGAGAGUACAAAGAAAUUUUUGGAAGAUAUUAAUAAAUCAAUAAACAAAAAUUCAGAAUUCUUUAGUGCGGGGUUCGCUCCAAAAUUUACAUGGUCGACUCCUACAGACGCAAUCUGGAUCAAUCCAAAUCGCAAUAUUUGUUGUAAGACAUUGGAGGAUUUACUCAUUCUUUUAAAAGCAUCUACUAAAGUUUCCGAGGAUAUAGAUAGAGCAAAGGAAAGAAAGAUAAGUAAUGUGUUACUUCUUAGAGAAUAUAUCCCAUCAUUAAACGAGAUGUUCGAAUUUAGAGUAUUCAUAGGAGGGGUAGGCCCAUAUUCCGAAUAUAAAAUUUUAGGUAUCAGCCAAAGGCAUACAUCUUGCUAUUACAAAGAUUUACAUGAAAAUUCUCAAUUGAGGGCCAAAAUUAAAUCUUCUAUCAUGGACUUUUUUCUUUAUUCAAAAAAAGAGUUGAUGCUUGAAAUAUUUGAUAUUUUUAAAACAGCUUGUAUUGCACUUGAUAUAUAUAUUUCAAACCAUAAAGAUAAAUCGUCUAUUCUAAUAAUUGAUAUACAACCUUUAUUAUAUUCUUCAACCCUAUUAUUCAAUAUAUUUGAAUUAAAGCUCCAUUUACUAAAAGAAGGGACAGAACUGGAUUCAGAUUUGUUGAGAAUAGUGGAUAACAACUCGCCUAACAACAUGAUUGAUAACAGUUGUAUAAAAGGAUUUGUUCCGGAAGAACUACUAUCAGUUUCUAACUCUGACUUUUAUAUUAAUGAAGUGGUUGAUAAACUCGAAUGGAUGGAUUAUAAGUAG